UUUGUCGCGGGCCUUGUGUGUUCUCGUUCUUGUUUUUAUGAAAACGGUGUAAGGGAUGCUGUGUUCCUCCUGGUGCGGGUUUUGAGGGCUUCAUUGAGACUUAUGUGCAGGUUGUAUCAGCUGUUCUGCUGGAUACAGAGAGUGUUGCGUUGCUGUUUGUGUUGCAGAGAGAGAGAGAGAGAGAGAGAGCAGCUCGGCUAUCAUGGCUCCUCUGUUGCGAGAAGGCGGCGGAGAGGUGGAGUGUGUGAAAACUGGUCAUGUCAGGACAGAGAAAAGGAGCUUCAGCACGUCUUCGAAAAUGUGCCUUCUGUAGAACCAACAGAGAUAAGGAGUGUGGUCAGUUACUGGUGGCAGAGAGCCACAGGGUGGCAGCCCACCACAAGUGCAUGCUAUUUUCAUCAGCCUUGGUCACGUCUCAUUCAGACAGUGAAAACAUUGGAGGCUUUUCUAUUGAAGAUGUGAAGAAGGAGAUAAAAAGAGGAAAUAAACUAAUGUGCACUUCCUGUCACCGGCCUGGGGCGACCAUCGGCUGUGAUGUAAAGACGUGUAGACGGACAUACCAUUACUAUUGUGCUCUAUGGGAUAAAGCCCAGACCAAGGAGAAUCCCUCUCAAGGCAUCUAUCUUGUUUACUGUCGCAAACACAGAGAUGCCUCUCAAGAUGGCAGUGAUGAUGAACAGGGAGUUGCAGGCAACGAUUCGGAUUCAUCUCCACCGAGGAGCAGAGGAAGGGGGCGUUUCGAGAAAAGCAGAAUCAGAGGUGUGUCUCGCGGACAGUCAGAUGACACUCGAUCCACGUCGUCGCAAGGCAAUGAUGAUACAGAAAGCUCCUCGCAUCGGGACCGGUCUCCUCUUAGAGGCAGCCCUGGUGAUUCUGGUCUUCGAUGUGGUUUUUGUCAUGCCGGUGAAGAGGAGAAUGAAACGCGUGGUGUGCUACACUCCGACAAUGCCAAGAAAGUUGCUGCUCACUACAAAUGCAUGCUUUUUUCUUCGGGUACUGUCCAGCUAACUACCAGCUCACGUGCCGAAUUCGGGAACUUUGACAUUAAAACAGUCAUCCAGGAAAUCAAGAGAGGAAAAAGAAUGAAAUGCACGCUCUGUGCCCAACUUGGAGCCACCAUUGGAUGUGAAAUAAAAGCCUGCGUGAAGACCUACCAUUAUCACUGUGGCCUGCAAGACAAGGCCAAAUACAUAGAGAAUAUGGCGAGAGGAAUUUACAAGCUGUAUUGUAAGAAUCACAGUGGAAAUGAGGAAAGGGAUGAGGAAGAUGAGGAGAGGGAAAGUCGCAGUAGAGAGAAAGCUGCUAUUGACAAUAGAGCAGAUCCUCCAUCGCAGGUCAACGGCAACUAGGAGAGAUGGCGCAUGAAGACGGAAGACAUGACGGGGAUAAAAGAAAUAUUUUUGUAUAAUCCUCAACUAGAAACUAGGGGCCAGCUCACGAUAUCUUCAGUUUUCCUCUCUUUGACAGUAUUUCAUGGACAUUGUGAGUGAGAAUGUAAGUUCAAUAUCAGAUGAUAUCGAUAUGUUACUGCAGUGUAAACCAUAACUUAGCUGGAUAGGUUUUAUUUAAACAUAUGGUAUAUUAAUACUUCAGACCAUAUGAUUGGACGGCUGGAACAGUGUCAUCUGUUUGUGCUCGACCCUCCACUUUCCUCUUUGGCUGGACCCACUCUGAGAAAGACUGAUCCUGGACUGUUUAUAGCGCAUCUCUUUCAAACCAUCAUGUUUAAUAAGCCUUUUAAAGUACUCCUUCAUGAAACCUCUCUUUCUUUUCCCCCUUUCUGUCUCUCUCUUUCAACAUGUAUUAUAUUUUAUUACUGUAUUAUACUCAUGAGUAAUAUUGGAUAUCUGUGGUUUUCUUUAUAGUACUGAACAGGAUUAAAGAACAUUGGCUAGCAUGCACUUUUCUUUA